AACCCUAACUUUAGUAGGUGAGCUCACGGGGCUCAAACCUGACGAUGUUGCUAACACGAACCCUAGCAAGAGUCGUGCUUCGCAGAAUCUACCACCGGAUCGGAAACGCGACCCACUGAGAAGAUCCGGCGAGAAACUCAGUGGGCUGUGUCUGAGAGUUAAUUUACUCGUCGAGCCCUUCGUCGCAAGCGACGGGUUCGACGAGAACGGUGACCGGUGCUUGAAGUACCUAAAAGCACCGUUAGUGGAUCGGGAGGAUCCGAGAUGACGUGUUUAGGGCGACGUCGACUGCUUUCCAUUCUGUCCGCAGGAUCGGGAAUGUAGUUACCGGCGGCCACGAUGAGAGGGUUCUCGUGUCGUGCCGCUUUAUCGAAGUGGCGCAUGGACGCCGACUGAAGAUACUUACUGAUGGACUCUAAGUCCAGGUCGUCAUGGAGGUCGACGUUCCUGACGAACCACGGGGCUCCGACGGCUAUCCUGCAAAAACGGGAUUGAAUAAUUUUGUUAUGUUUGUAAGUAAGUAUUCACUUCAGUGUGUCAAUAAACGGUGAACGCAACGUACGUGUCUAUUAUUUACUAGUGGCGAACGCGGAAAAAAAAAUCAAUUUGUGGCUUGUUUGUUUCUUGUUUGAACUAAUUAAAAUUAUAUGAACAUAAUGUCGGUCGGGCAGUUGAAAGAAUUCGCGGUAAACAGUGGAAAUUGGUCCUCAUAUGUUGAGAGAUUAGAAAUGUACUUCUUGGUGAAUAAAGUGACUGACGAUUUAAAAUUACCCACAUUAAUUUCCGUUAUGGGUGAGGAAGCGUACGAUUUAUUAUCGACAUUAGCCAGCCCUUCGAAGCCGUCACAGUUAACUUAUGCUAAUGCCGUGGCGAUGUUGGCAGCUCACCUGCAACCGAAGCCCUCAAUCUUGGCGGAAAGAUACAAGUUUCGACAACGUCGGCAGCUGAAUGAGUCAAUAGCUGACUACGUCACAGAAUUAAAAAAAUUAUCAAAAAAUUGUGAGUUCGGCUCGUCGCUGGAUGAAAAUCUGCGUGAUCAAAUGGUUUGUGGAUUAAAGAGCGAAAUCAUACGGCAAAGGUUAUUUGCCGAGGAGAAAUUAGAAUAUAAGCGAGCAGUUACGUUAGCUUUGUCUUUAGAAGCUGCGGAGAGGGAUGCGAUUGCAGUGGAACGUACGCCAAUUGAGGAGGUUAACAAAAUUAACUUCAAUGAAUGUUCAAGAUGUGGAGACAGGAGACACCAAGCAAAGGAUUGCAUAUACAAAGACUACGUGUGCAGUUCAUGUCAUGAAACCGGCCAUCUACGAAGAAUGUGCCCCAAAAAAGGGCUUAAGAACCAGGCGGAGGCAGCCGGGGGUUCACCAUGCACCGGGCGCCGGGGGAACCGGGGUGCAGGCGGCAACAGGCGAUCGUGGCGCGGGCAGCGCGGUGCGGGACGAGGAGGCCGAGAGCGGGCUCCUUUGCACUUAUUAUACGAUCAAAACAACGAUGACACAUACAACAACUUCAAUAAUGAACAGGACGGGUGUGGAGAAGAAAAUGAGCCUAUGUACCAAAUGACAUUGAGUAAUUAUAAACCGGUGUGUAUUAAAGUUAAAGUCCAAAAUUGCUUGCUCAAGAUGGAGGUCGAUACUGGAUCGGCGUUAUCUUGUAUUAGCAAGAAUGUUUAUGAUAAAUAUUUUUCUAAGGAGAAGUUACAGGCAUGCUUAUUAAAUUUAAAAUUUUACGAUGGCUCAAUCAUUCGGCCUUUAGGGUUUAUAAACACUAUAGUGAAGUACCAAGGUGUUUCAAAAAUGUUAGACUUGUAUGUCAUAGACAAAGGAACGACUAAUCUAUUGGGCCGACAAUGGUUAGCUGAAUUGAAUAUUCCUAUAAAAAUAUCAAAACCUACGAGUUUUAAAAUACAACACAGUAACUUUGUAACCGAACACGCACGAGACUAUAAUAAAUUAAUUAAUGAAAUUGUUUCUAGACAUAAAUCCUUGUUCGACGGCACAUUGGGUAAAUAUACGGGGGGCACAGCAGAGUUAAUCGUGCGGCCGGAUGCGGUGCCUAUCUACUGCCGCGCGCGACCGCUGCCGUAUGCGCUGCGCGAGCGCGUCGAUGCCGAGCUCGACGCGAUGCUGGCCGCCGGCGUCAUCAAACCGGUGGACCACUCCGACUGGGCCACGCCACUUGUCGUAGUACGCAAAGCGGACGGCGGUCUGAGAAUAUGUGCGGACUAUAAGGUAACCCUUAACAAAGUAUUAGCAAUCGACAGAUUUCCGGUUCCAAAAAUGGAGGACUUAUUCAGUAAUCUCAGCGGAAAUAAAUUUUUUACUAAGCUUGAUUUAUCUCAAGCUUAUAAUCAAAUAGUCUUAUCAGAACAUUCUAGCGAGUACACGGUUAUCAAUACACAUAGAGGAUUAUUUAAAUAUUCCCGCCUCGUCUACGGGUUAGCUUCGAGCCCAGGCAUUUUUCAAAAACUAAUGGUAAAUAUGUUUAAAAAUGUCCCAAAUGUAGUAGUUUUCUAUGAUGACAUAUUGAUUAGAAAUCAGGACCUAGACAGUCAUUUAAAGUCUAUAAAAGAAGUAUUAGAUAUAUUAGAAAGGUAUGGCUUAAAAAUUAAAAGGAGUAAGUGCGAGUUCAUGGUAACAGAAGUGAGGUAUUUAGGGUUCAUAAUAGAUCAAAAUGGGGUUCGUGUAGACCCAGAGAAAGUCAAAUCAAUAGCAACAAUGCCACACCCAAAUAACGUGACAGAAUUAAAAUCUUUCAUCGGUAUGGUAAACUUCUAUUCGAAGUUCAUACAAGAUUUGAGUGCACAUUUAUCACCUUUAUAUGCCCUUUUAAAAAAAGGUAAGCACUGGAUGUGGGGAAAUGAACAGAAUGCUGCUUUCCUGAAUGUUAAAAAGUUUUUGUGUAGUACAAAAGCACUUGCACAUUUUGAUAUGUCUUUGGAGUCGGUGUUGACUGUGGAUGCGAGCGCGCGUGGUCUGGGUGCCGUGUUGGCGCAGCGCGGGCCAGGAUGUCAGGAGCGCGUCGUUGCAUACGCUUCACGCGCACUCACCACUCAUGAAUUACAUUACAGUCAGAUUCAUAAGGAAGCAUUGGCGAUUGUUUUCGCGGUGGAAAAAUUCCAUCAAUACUUAUAUGGGAGAAAGUUCAUACUACGGACCGACCACAAACCUCUGGUGAGCAUUUUCGGGCCUAACAUAGGUAUCCCGAGCGCGGCAGCUAGCCGCUUGCAGCGCUGGGCUAUCAAACUAUCAGCAUAUGACUUUGAAAUCGAGUACGUUAGGACAGAUAAAAAUGUAGCCGAUGCACUUUCACGGUUAAUCGAGUCUCAAAAAAAUGACGUAGCUUCCGAGGAAACAGACUUACCCGAGCAAACCUACUUACACUUCUCAACAGAAGCUCUGUUAAUAGAUUAUAAUGUUCUUAAAAAACAAACUAGUAGUGAUCCAAUCUUAAGUCGCGUGUUAAGUUAUAUAAGGGACGGAUGGCCCUUAGACAUAGAAAUUAAUGAAUUAAAACCAUAUUAUAAUAGGAAAAACGAACUUUAUAUUGAAUUAGGAUGUAUAAUGUGGGGUCAUCGUGUGGUUAUACCCUCUUCAUGCAGAAACAAAAUAAUAACGGAGCUUCAUGAUCCGCAUAUGGGCAUAGUGAAAACAAAAUCGCUAGCACGUAGUUACGUUUGGUGGCCGGGAAUCGACGAAGCGCUCGAGACGGAAUGUCGCGCUUGCACCGUGUGUGCUGCCGUCGCAGACGCACCUUCUACACACGCGCCCCGCUCGUGGCCCUGGCCCUCACGCCCCUGGUCCAGGUUACACUUAGACUUCUUAGGCCCCAUAGGUGGAGUCACUUAUCUAGUUGUAGUGGAUUCAUGCUCCAAAUGGAUAGAGGCAAUUAAAAUGCAGAGGACAACGGCACAAGCGGUUAUAUCGGUACUGCGGGACUUGUGGUCAAAAUUCGGCCUGCCAAAGCAAACGGUCAGUGACAAUGGACCGCCUUUCUCGAGCUCUGAUUUUCAGAAGUUUCUGAUUCAUAAUGGCAUAAAACAUAUUUAUUCAGCUCCCUAUCAUCCCGCCUCUAAUGGGGCCGCUGAAAAUGCAGUUAAAAUUUGUAAACGUGCGAUUAAAAAGGCAUUAAAACAGAAUUUAAACGUAGAUACAGCUCUGUGUAGAUUUUUAUUAGCCUACAGAAAUACAGAACAUGCAACUACCGGCGAUAGUCCAGCCAAUAUAUUACAGGGUCGAAGUCUCCGUAUGAGAUUAGAUAAUUUAAAACCAGAAAGGCAAUCUCGAGUUAUCGCGCAACAAGAGCGGAGCGAGCAAAACGCAGGGGGUGUGCAGCGACAACUCGAGCCGGGCACUAAGGUGUGGUAUCGGGAUUAUCGAGGUCUGGAUAAAUGGGUACCUGGGACGAUCCUCAAGCAAUUAGGUAGUCGUGAUUACUGUGUACGAUCUAGUUUUGGAACCGAGAAUCAUAGGCACGUCGAUCAGCUAAAAUUAAGGGUUACAAAAAAUAUAGAUAAAGUUGAUACCUUUGCGUCGAUUCGUAAAAAUAUAAGUCCCGAACUGAUCGCGCAAAAUUUAGACUUAAGAACACAAUCACGUAAGUCGCUAUCAUUUCCCAUGACAAGUGGCGAGGAACCAGUGGCGGUGGUCAACGAUUCGGGGAAGAGUAGUUCACCACCAAAAAAUAGCACACCGGCACAGGAUGCUGUAUCGCCUAUUCGUGGCAGCCCUAUGAGACCCGCUGUGCCGAUAGACAAGGCAGCAUGUAGUACUGGUGGUAAGAGUAUCAAUGAAAAUGUGACACCCAAACGUGAACGUCCUGUAAGAAUACGCAAGCCACCAGUUAGAUAUGGAUUCGAGGAAAUAGAUUAAGUUUAUAGUUUUUUUUUACUUUAGUUUGUUAUGUACGCUUAGUUAAGAUAUAUAUAUAUAUAUAUUAAUUGUGCUUAUAAUGUGUAGUAAAUAAGGGUGGAGGUGUUAUGUUUGUAAGUAAGUAUUCACUUCAGUGUGUCAAUAAACGGUGAACGCAA